UUCUUCAAUCUUCAAUCUUCAAUCUUCAUUGGUUAAUUGAUUUUUUUAAGGGGGGAUAUGAUUAACAGAUUUAAUUCGAAUCUGCAGUUUAGAUCUUAGAAUUUGUAAUUGCGUUUCAUUGACCUUAGAAUUUGUGAUUAGAAUGGAUCGUGAUUGUUUUCAUAUAACGAAUUGUUUGCUUCUUCACUCGUAUUGCCUUAUUGAUUUGUAUGAUUCUGGUGAGCCAAAGCUCUACUACAUUGCUCCAUCUACACCGUGUUAGUUUACCAUCUAAACACUCAUCAUCAUUUGCUAUUAAAACCACUGGAAAAGUUAAAGCUGCAGUGAUCUCUAGAGAAGAUGAUCUGCUCUCAUUCACUAAUGGGAACGCUCCCUUUCAAAUGAAUCUCUCAUUGAUGAUCGGACCAAAGAAGAAGAAGAGGCUAAUCCUGUUUCACUUAGAACACUUGCUGCAGAUUCAGCUGCUGCACCAGCCAAUGGUUUUGUUGCUGAAGAUGAUGACUUUGAGUUGGAUUUACCUACUCCAGGUUUCUCUUCUAUCCCUCAGGCCAUUAAAGAUAUACGCCAAGGAAAGUUUGUGAUGGUUGUGGAUGAUGAAGAUAGAGAAAACAAAGGAGAUUUGGUAAUGGCUGCUCAAUUAGCAACACCUGAAGCUAUGGCUUUUAUUGUCAAACAUGGAACUGGGAUAGUUUGUGUGAGCAUGAAAGACGAUGAUCUUGAGAGAUUACACCUUCCUCUAAUGGUUAAUCAGAAGGAGAACGAAGAAAAACUCUCUACUGCAUUCACAGUGACUGUGGAUGCCAAACAUGGUACAACAACUGGAGUAAGAUUUUUGCAAUGGUUAAACACACAAGGAUAAAGGACAAGGAUGGUGAAUGUUGAUCUUGACCACACAAGAGGUUGACGUGAGCUUCACCCCACACAAAAGUAUCCCGUGAGCUUCACCCACCACACAAGCGUCUCUCGUGUGCUAAACCCACCACACAAGUGUCUCACGUGAUCAAACAGCUCUAUAGUGCACCACAAGAUGUCGAAUCUUUGAUUGUAAUAUUUUACCAAUUGUUUGGUUUUUUGUGAAACCAACCACAAGUUUGUACAAGUCCAGUUUUUGUUUUUUA